AUGGUGCAGUGCAAGUUGGACCUCACAGGGCCACAGUGCAAGAGCUGCCUUGACGGCAUCAUCGGGCAGAUGAGGAAGCUGUUCAGCAACGACAGCAGCCAGGGCCAGCCCUCUUCAUUCCUCAUCGGGGGCAGGCUCAUUGGAGUUCGGUGUAAUCUGCGAUACGAGAAGGAACUCUUCUUCGAGGAGACAAACGACACUAUCAAGAUCGACAUGCCGAAAAAUGGAAUGAGCGGGGUGCUUAAGAUUGUCAUAUUUGGAGUUCCUCUUCUAGUUUUGCUCAUCUUAGGAUUGCUCCUAAGGCCAUGUAUUGUGAAGAAAGUCAGAGAAUUAUUAUUGCAUAGGGAUCUAGUCAUCCUUGAAAAGGAAAUUGUAAGUGAAAGCGACUCGAGGUUUUCACUAUUCAGAUAUUCGAAGAUAAGAAGUGCUACUGAUAACUUUUCAAAAGAGAAUAAACUUGGAGAAGGUGGAUUUGGUCAUGUUUACAAGGGUCGGUUGACUCAGGAUCAGGACAUAGCGGUCAAACGACUUUCUCCGAAUUCAGUUCAAGGAUUCCGUGAGUUCAUGAACGAAAUCAAACUCAUAGCCAGCCUCCAGCACAAGAAUCUGGUCAGGCUUCUUGGAUGCUGCAUCAAAGGCAAGGAGAGGAUACUUGUAUAUGAAUUUUUGCCAAGUGAUAGCUUGGAAGAGUUCAUUUUUGGGGCAGGAGCAAAGCAGAGCUGGCCCGUGCGUCGCCACAUAAUUGAAGGAAUAACAGAAGGCCUUCUCUACAUGCAUGACUACGCGUAUGAGUGCAUAGUCCACAGAGACUUGAAACCAAGCAACAUCCUAUUAGAUCAUGAAAUGAAUCCAAAAAUUUCUGACUUUGGGAUCGCAAGGAUAUGCCUCUCCAAUGUGACGGAAUCAAAUACAACGACAGCUAUGGGAACAUUUGGAUACAUCGCACCGGAAUACUGCUCCCAGAGUGUGUACUCAACAAGGUCAGAUGUUUUCAGCUUCGGCAUCCUAGUUCUCGAGAUCAUAAGUGGGAAGAGGGCCAUCGGUUCCUACCAAUUAUCUGAAAGAUCAUACGAACUCAGGAAAUAUGCAUGGCAACUGUGGAGAGAGCAGAGGUGCGACGAGCUUGUGGAUGAUUCGCUAGGCGAGGAGUACCCUGAAAUGGACGUUAUGAGGUGCAUCCAGAUCGCGCUCUUGUGCAUCCAAGAUGUCGCGGAGGACAGGCCUACCAUGCACGACGUCAUGACGAUGCUGGGCAACGGAAACAAGAGGCUGCUCCUGCCUGUGCAGCCCGGUUCUUGCAGUAUGCACAUCUUCACCGAUGCUGAAAUAGAGGUGUGA